AUGGCGAUUCUCUUCCCGGUGGCUCGCGUCGACGGCUCUAUCUGUGGGUCUGUGGGUCUCAGCGAGGAAGGGAAACAGAGACCUUUCUAUCGGUGGCUCUCCUCGAAGCAACGUCCGGCAACCUCUCUCUCUAUCGGUGGUUCUCUGAAACGAAGAACAACGGCGACUGUUGCGGCGGAAGCGAAUCUAAAGGUAAAGCUGCGGGAUUUGUGUGCAUGUGGAUUGAUCAAGACGCAUGAUCCAUGUAGAUUUGUUCCUUCUUCAUCUCCAAUUUAUGGUUUGAUGAAGACGCAUCACACGAGUUCUUCAGACAACGGACGGCACGGUCUGCAUACAGGCAGCCUAGGAACCGCAGCUUCAAACUUCGAUGCAGACACGGCCGCAGAGCGUAGAGAACGACGGAAAUGGACACCAAAUGAUGAUAUUGUCCUGAUCAGCUCGUGGUUAAACACGAGCAAGGAUCCUGUGGUUGGCAACGAGCAGAAAUCAGGAGCUUUUUGGAAAAGAAUUGCCGCAUACUACGCGGAAAGUCCUCUGGUUGCUGGCUGCGAGGAGAGAGAGGCUAGCCAUUGCAAGCAAAGGUGGCACAGGAUCAAUGACCUUGUGGGGAAGUUCUGCGGUGCGUAUGAGGCUGCUACUAGAGAGAAGGCUAGCGGCAAGAACGAGAACGAUGUUGUCAAACUUGCUCAUCAGAUUUUCUACAACAACCACAAGAAGAAGUUCACUUUGGAACACGCUUGGAAGGAACUACGCAACGAUCAGAAGUGGUGCAACCUUGCCACUGCUAAAAAGGAUGGGAGCUCGAAGAAGAGGAAGUGUGAGGAUGGUGCAGAAUCAGAGAGCUCUCAAUCCACUGAGAACAAGCGUCCCCCGGGUGUGAAGGCCGCAAAGGCAAGUGGUAAGAAGAAGGUGGGAGAGGGUCAUAAACUUAAUGGGUUGCAGACAAUGUGGACGAUCAAGCUAGAGGAUUUGGCCGCGAAAGAGAGGUUGUCUAAGAUGAAAGUACUCGACAGUCUUAUUGGAAAAAAAGAGCCUCUCCCUGAGUAUGAAGAAGCACUCAAGAAGAAACUCAUAAAUGAGUUGUUCUGA